GCGUGCUUAUUCCGUAGCGGACUGCCGCAUUGUACGGACGUGAGUUGAGAAACGGAUUGCCGGAACAGGCGAUACGCCAGCUGUAGCUAAACGGAAAGGGCAUAAAAGACGCACGCAUUAUCGAGCAUAUCGCAAACGCACUUGUGCGAGCGCGACGUGUAUGAAGUUUUCCAGUUCGAUCUGCCGGACGUAGCGAUUAUCGUCAACAUCGUCGACACCGUCAGCGGGAAUCGACAUCGAUCGCGAUUGAUCGCAAAGCGGAAGAAUUCUUCGGAAGCGAAAAUUCUUAGCGAGAACUCGUAGGCAAGGCAUCAUCCGUUGGAGCUGCUGACGCGCCAGUGUAACGAUUGGCCUUUUCUCUAUCUCUCACUCUUGCGUGGUGCGAGCCGUGCAAGGUAUUAAAACUUUCUAGAGUAUCUAGAAAAGCGGUAGAAAGAGAGAAAGAGAAAGAGAUUGCGGAACGUAAAAAGAUAGGGACGAACUGGGCAGGCGAAGUGUGAAACGGAGACCAGAUAAUAAAAGUCUACGAGAUGGCGUUUAUGAUGCCUGUGGUGAAAAACGAAUGGGAUAUUUACAAGACUAAUAGGAGUCGACGAUCGUCCGAGUGCUCGAAUCCGCAGGCUUGUCGCAGCCGAAAGGUCUGGCGAACCGGCAGACACAGCCGUCUUGCGAAGUGCGGCACGUCCGAUCGUCCUCCCGUCUCGGUUCUCAUGGUAUCCGAGUGUUCCAAGUCGGAGGGACCGUCGUUGUCGACCUCCCCUGGUUCCGACUUUCUUACCUCGCCGGCGCACCGGUCUGUGCCGCUGACCUCGCGGCACUUCUCGAGGACGUCUUCAAGGGCGUCGCAGAGCUCUCUCCAGAGCCCGAGCAAGAGCACGAGCACGUCGCCGCCGAAGACCGGCAGCUCGAACUCCCUCAACAAGUUUCAUAAUCGAUUGGUGGAUAAGCUGAAGCGCUCGCUGAAGAAGGCAGAAGAUUGCGCGGAGGAUCAACGUAAUCUAUCGUGAAACAGUCAAGGGGUUUUGGGCCGGCCACCCGCGUCCGGCUCGAAACCGAUCGAGAUCCGACGCACUUCGGCACCCGUUACCGUAUCCGAGUCGAGCAGCAACGUGGCGGCGCGCUCGUGUCCGGAUCCGCCUUCAGCUUGGUAAAGAAGAAAAAGAAAGGAGAAAGAAAGAGAUGAUAAUGCCGGAGGAAACGAGAGCAACGGAGAAUGUGUGUGAAUAUGCGAGAGAGUAUGAUCGAGAGAGAAAGAGAGAGAGAGAGAGAGAGGGGGAGGGAGGGGAAAAAUGUCGCGCGGAUGUCUGAAGGAGGAGAAAGGAGUUCGCACACGUUCAGCUCGAAAGUGAGCACGUUCAAGUUUGUUAGCCCAACACAAGCAAGGAAGAGGAGGAGUUGGUUGAACGAUCCUCGAGCCGUUGUGUUCGACUCGCUGGAUGUCGACAGUCGAUCAUGUCAAACAGCCUCACGGAUCGAGAGACCUCGAUCGAACGAUCGGACGCAGCAUUGGUGAGUGCUCGAGAGGACGAAGAGACGCUUGGGAUGUUCCUUUGGACAGCAACAUUUUUAAGAUGAUCUGCAGUUCCGCGACUACGCCGAUAUAUAAAAGCCAAAGCAAUAUCGAUGAGCCAAUAUAGUGCAAAGCUCUGAUUUUACGUUCUCCAAUUUGAGAAUCUGUUUAAGAUGGCGUGAGAAAGAGCAAAAGAAAAGGAGGAGCUGGGAAGACAGUGAGAUCGCAGCCGAUCGAUCGAUCGAUAUUGAUCGAGGAGAUUUCAAGGAAUCAUCGAAGAUCAUCGAAAGUCAAAGGACAAUCGUGAAGGACGAAGGAAUCGGCGACGGAGGAAGUGAG